UUGCUGUGAAAUUUCAAUUAAUUUAAUAUACAUACUACGUAUGAUAUUCGAUCAAUUGGAAAGUGUGAUCUUUAACUUAAAAUUGAAAACAAAAAAUAGUCUAACUAUUUACAAAUAUUAAAUAUUUAAUUCAACAUAUAUACUCGUAUAUAAAAGAAAUAAACAUGCACGGUAUAACCCACUUAUAUCGGCAGCAUGCUGUCGAAAAGCAGUUGAGCGCAGACAGCGCUUGUUCGACCCAUCAUAAUCACCAUAACAACCAUUCACCUUUUGGCGCACGUCACAGUUACCCACGUGACAGCAUCAGCUACGAUAGCAAUGAUUCGUGCAGUAACAAUGACAUAGCCGAUCGUUUGCAUAGCGUUGACUCGGGUAGCAGUUCAGGUUCGUCGACCAACUCCAAAUCACCGAAUUGGUCGCAAGAAAAGGUAAUCGAUAAAUUAGUACAGUCCUCCAGUCCUCAACCAGUACCCGAGGGCAAUAAAUCGCUCAACAAUCACUACCGCAACUCGCCAUCGAAUGCCAGCAAUAUGACACGCAGUUCCUACGACAGUUACAACAAUAGUUUCAAGCGCACCUGCUCCAAACGUAACUAUUUCGAUCGAUCUCAUAGUCCAGCCGUUUAUGCAAGCCUACGACGUUAUCCGAAUGACUACAACGGCUCGCCGCCAGUCUAUGCCACACAGGGUGGUUACUUCCCACAUGAUCUCGAUGACAUCUAUGAAUCGCAAGCCGAUCAUCAGUACUUUACGCAUACGGGUGCGAGCAGUGCACGUACACCUGAACGCCCGACCAUCAAUUCGAUCUUCCAUAGAGUUGGCGCUGCUUACACGUCGCUGGACGAUUAUACAUCACCAACGCGUCACUCGUUGGACAAUAGUGGUGGUAGUGGUGCGUCACACAAACAUCGUUUCGAUAAUAGCAGUUUUGCAAAAAGUUUGAGCACAAAUGAGGAUAGUGAUAAUUCGUUGCCGCGUGAGCAUAAGAAGUCAAAGGAACAUCAGCACCAUCAUCAUCACCAUCAUCAUUCAAUACAGGAAAUGUUGAAGCAGUUUUCCAAGAAGGUGCACAUUUGGCCACGCAAAUCACACGACACGAACAGUGUUUGCACUUCGCCACAAAAUGAUCCACAAGAGAAUUUCCGUUCGCGUUCGAAGAGUUUGGAUGUGAACACGCUGAGUCGACCGAAUCGGAUAUUGGAGGAUUGUGGCGCGACAUACAAAAUCUACGAGAGAAUCGUGAAAGAAGGUGCUCAUAUGCGACGCGCCUCAGCCGAUUUGGAGAAACGACGUGCUUCUUUGGGUGCAGCUAGUCGAGGCUUACGUGGUGAUGGCACUUUGGAUCCACAUCAUGCCGCCAUAUUAUUCCGUGAUUCCAGAGGGUUGCCAGUCGCUGAUCCGUUCCUAGAAAAAGUGAACCUCUCUGAUUUCGAAGAAGACGACUCACAGAUUUUCGUGAAAUUCUUCCGUUUCCAUAAGUGCUAUGACCUGAUACCAACCUCCGCUAAACUGGUUGUUUUCGAUACACAAUUGCUGGUGAAGAAGGCCUUCUAUGCGCUCGUGUAUAAUGGUGUGCGUGCAGCACCACUCUGGGACUCACAGAAACAACAAUUUGUUGGCAUGUUAACCAUAACGGAUUUCAUAAAAAUUCUACAAAUGUAUUAUAAGUCACCGAAUGCAUCAAUGGAACAGUUGGAGGAGCACAAAUUGGACACAUGGCGAAGUGUGUUGCACAAUCAAGUUAUGCCAUUGGUUAGCAUCGGUCCGGAUGCUUCACUCUAUGAUGCCAUUAAAAUUCUCAUACACAAUCGUAUACAUCGAUUGCCGGUCAUUGAUCCGGCGACGGGCAAUGUUUUGUACAUAUUAACGCAUAAACGCAUACUAAGGUUCCUCUUCUUAUAUAUUAACGAAUUACCAAAGCCCUCGUAUAUGCAGAAAACCCUACGUGAUUUAAGGAUCGGCACAUACGACAACAUUGAGACUGCGGACGAGAACACAAGCAUUAUAAUGGCGUUGAAAAAAUUUGUGGAGCGACGAGUGUCAGCUUUACCGCUAGUAGAUUCGGAAGGACGGCUAGUGGAUAUUUACGCGAAAUUCGAUGUGAUUAAUUUGGCCGCCGAGAAGACCUACAACGAUUUGGAUGUGUCCCUGCGCAAAGCAAACGAACACCGCAACGAAUGGUUCGAAGGUGUGCACAAGUGCCGAUUAGACGAAACACUCUACACAAUUAUGGAACGCAUUGUACGCGCCGAAGUUCAUCGUUUGGUCGUUGUUGAUGAAAAUCAGAAAGUGAUUGGCAUUAUUUCACUAUCCGAUAUACUGUUGUACCUGGUAUUACGCCCCAGUGGCGAAGGUUUGGGCAUCUCUGAGAACUCGCUACGCGCCUCAGAUCCUGUUUUGCGACGUAAAUCGUCCGAUGACGAAGACGCCGAUACAAAAUCAUCGGGCAGUCGUAGUAUUAUUGAAGAUAUACCCGAGGAAGAGCCAGCCGUGGUGAUAACGGCGCCAGCGCCUCAAAUAGGAAAAGAAUUCGACGCGGCAAACGUCACCACGUCCGGCAAACGUCGUGAGUCGAAUGUGGAUAUUGAUGCCUCAACACAAAAGCAGAAUGGUGAUAGUAAUCCCGCUGAAGUGUCCUUUGCCGCCGAGGCGGAAGAAGAUCCUGGAGAUGAUGGCGUGCCAGAUGCCGACAUCGAUGCUGAUGCAGAUGGUGACAAUGAUGAUGAUGUGGUAACUGGGCAAUAUGUCGAUCGAAAGAAAUCGCUUGGCGCGACGACGGACGAGGACACAGAAUUGGAAACAGCCGCGUCGGCAGCCUCAGCAUUGGGUGGUAUGCCCACAAGGACGGCGCGUGAAAUGGCGCUUGUUAGUGAAUAAAUUUAUAAUAUAUAUACAUAUACAUAUUUCAAGCUACAAACAUAUACAUACAUACAUACAUAUUUUAAGUAUGCGUUUUUUAGUCAGCAAAUUACAAACAAAAGAUUUGAUAAACUUGAUUGUUGCUAUAAAUGCUUCAAAGCCUUACAAAACAAAACAAAACAAACAAACCAAACAAAAAAAAAACAAAAUGCAAAAAAAAAACAAAAAGAAAAACUAAGAAACGAAAUAACAUAAUGUUCGACUAGAGUGUUUAAGAUUGUAGAUAAAAUGUGUGUAAAAACUUCAAAGGAAGCGACAGUGAGUCGCUGGCGCUCAUGCGAGUGGGGCAAUGCAAAAACUUUUGUAUGUAUAUCGAAAGUUGCAUCAAACGAAUACAGAGGCACACUCACACUCGUUAAACAAGAGUAAAAGCAGGUGUAAUAAGCAAGCUUUUAAACGAGCUUUACAAAUUCUUAUAUUUAAACAAAGAAAAAUAGUUUUGUAAUUUAAGUAGAAAUUAUUGGUAAACAGCAACGCAAAAUAAAAUAAAGCUAAAGAAAAAAUAAAAAAAUAAAAAUUAAAAUAAAAGUAAAAGAGUCUGCUUGUAAAAUAGAAAAUCAUGAAAAUUUAACAAAUUAUUAGAAAUUAUGUUAAAUGUAAAUCAUCUGAAGAAGGUACAGUAUAAUGCAUUAGCUGCUAACUGUAAGUUAAUAUUCGCCAUGAUAAGAGAGGAAAGUGAGACAAAGGAAACUGGGCGUGUGAAUAACUGCAUACAAAUAACUGUGACAUUUGUAACUAACAACUACUACACAUACAAAUUCAUACACACACACACACACUGUUAUGGAAAG